AUGUUUUGCAGGAGGAAGUUUCUCCACCGCGUCAAGUGUAUCGUGCCUCAGCGGAUGAAGGACUCGCCCCUGCCAGUAACCAAGAAAAUCCUUAAGGAUGCCCUUACCGGGCUUGCUGAGCUUCACGAUCAGGAUAUCGUUCACACAGAUAUAAAACCAGACAACGUCUUCAUCAAUUGGCAGGAUCGCAAUGGCAAGAUAAUCGUCGACAAAGUUCAACUCGGAAAUCUGGAAGAUGCAGCUCAUAUCCCCCCAGGAUGCGAUAUGGUCGGGAAACAAGCCGGCAACUGGAUGUGGAGGAGUCCCGAAGCCCACGCAAGAGGACCUGUCAACAAACCUUCAGAUGUGUUCUCAUUUGCUCUUGUUUGCAUCUGUGCCGUUCAUAAGCGCAUCAUUUUUGCAGUUCGGGAAGAUGAGUUAGAGGAGGGCGUUGAUCCCAUCGCUGUCGUAAUCGAGCGCCAGAUCUCUUACUUCGCUGAUGAAGACGGGCUCAAUGGAUUCUUGAAGCAUCUUGGUGAUAAUCCAUGGGUUCGCGUUUUCGAAGUCACUUGGGAUGGAUUGAACCAGAAGACCCCUCGUCAGUCGUUCGUACUCUGGAAUGGUGUUGAUGAUGACUUCAAAAGUCUUGUAUGUGCCAUGGCUCGUUUUGAUCCGGGGGAAAGGAUCACGGCGCGUCAGGCGUUGGAGCAUAAAUGGUUUGAGGGCGUUUGA